GGCACCGCUUUGCUCACAGUCGAUCAACGUCGUUGGCUCGAUUUAAAAGGUCGAAUCAAACUAACCCAGCCCCUACAACUUCCACCACGACCGAAGCUGCGACAAGAGCCGGGACAGGAUGGUUAUGUUGGAGCCCAGAUGGCAAAUAAUUUGGAAAAGAAAAGUCUGAAAUUCAGAUGCUUGAUCUAUGACAUCACACAACACAUCGCAUUUAAACGGGCUUCGGCUAUUCUGGUUGUCGCCAAUUGUACAUUGCUUUUCUUCCCGGAUUUUCAAGGAAUCAGCAACAAUUUCGGUUGGUCGGUCUUGAUGCUACGAUUUUUUACCAUUGCUGGCAGACAUGUCACCCUGAAAAUGCUCAUGCUGACGGUGGUGAUGUCCAUGUAUAAGUCCCUUUUCAUCAUCACUAGUAUGUUCCUCCUCAUGAUCGUGUACGCUUUGGCUGGUGUAACACUGUUUGGCUCAGUCAAAUAUGGUGAUAAUUUGGGACGUCAUGCAAACUUCCACAACACAUUCCGAGCCACAGCACUCCUAACUCGCAUUGUGACGGGUAAGUAUACCAUUGUAAACGGAUUCAUAUAA